GCUGUGACAAACAUCUCUCGGUGUUCUGGAGCUCAGACGCUUGUCUUCUGCGCUCGUUGACUGUACACAAAUGUUGGACCGGACGCAUGCCGCUGGAUGUCCAUUCACAGAUUGAUGAAUCCAGCUUAUUAUAAACACGACCAUGGAUGAAUUCGCUCCAUUAGAUUGCCUUUUGCCUUCAGGUGAACAGAGGAUUUGCUUGGUUAUCCUAAACCAGCCAAUAGACGAGCCGUACUUCCAUGUGCUGUGGAGUAAAGCCAAGAUCCGUGCAUGUGCAGACGGAGGUGCCAAUCAUCUGUACCGGCUGACGGAGGGACGUCGCGAGAGAUUUCUCCCAGACUACAUAAAUGGAGACUUUGAUUCAAUCCUGCCAGAGGUCAAGGCAUUUUACACACAAAAGAACUGCAAGCUAAUGGAAACGCCAGACCAAGAUCUGACAGACUUCACUAAGUGCUUGGCCAUUAUGGUGGAGGAGAUCAAAGCACAAAAAUUGCAGAUAGACACCAUAGUAACCCUGGGUGGUCUUGGAGGCCGCUUCGAUCAGAUCAUGGCAACAGUGGAGACAUUGUUUCAUGCCCAGAAGAUGACCGACCUGCCUGUGGUGGUUAUACAAGACCAUUCUCUGGCUGUCCUCCUCCAAGAGGGCAGACAGCACCGUCUGAAUGUGAACACUAGCUUGGAAGGAAAAUGGUGUAGUCUGGUUCCUGUGGGCAGCCCUUGUCUAACCACCACUUCUGGGCUUAAAUGGAACUUGGACAAUCAGCUACUGGCUUUCGGACAACUUGUAAGCACAUCCAACACUUACGAAGACCACGACCCCGAAGGCAGCAGAAAAGCUGUAACGGUCACCACCGACAAGCCACUGUUAUGGAGCAUGGGAAUUAAACCACUGUGAA